AUGAGAAAAGUGCGUCCACAAUUUCCCGAUUUAAAUCAUCGUUUAACUCUGCGUCAUUUACCAUCUAUUCAGCCAAUAACCAAGAGUACAGGACGUCAUUUAUUUUUAAAUUCUCUUAAUCAAACAACAAAUGACCGUAAGAAACAAUUAGGAAAAUAUGGUGGACUUGGUGGAGGAAUCGAUUCGAUCUCUAAACCUCGUACAAUCACCAUAGUAAAGCAUGGAGAAAAACCAAGAAAAACCAUCUCAAUUCUAUUAAACAGAAGGACAGUACAAACAUUUGAUCAACUACUGAGUGAUAUAUCAGAAGCAUUUGGAUAUCAAAAAUCUCGAACAGAUAAACUUAAAAAAUUAUUCAAUUUAAAAGGAAGGCAAAUUCAUAGCAUUGCCGACUUUUUUAGAGAAGAUGAUGUCUUUAUUGCCUCAAAUCAAUCUGAUGUCUCACCUAACGAAUUGCAAGAUAUUAUCUCCGAACUGUCACUGACCGAUUCUUCUAAAGUAAAACAACACUUAAAACAAGUACAAAACUUAACAACAACAAGUCCCGUCACUGCUGGAUUAAAACAGCCGCAACAGUCGAAUGAUCAAGUACCACCGUUAACGAUCGAUUUAAAAUUGAAGAAUGGUAUUCGAGAUAGUGGAUUUAUGGAUGACGAAGAUUUAUCGGGUCGAGAUUCAGAUAUGGCAUCAUCGUUAAGAAUGGUUAAAUUAAAUGUGUAUGAUACAUUUAAAGGAACUAAUACGACGACAACGAAAGAACCAUCAGAAGAUACACCCAAUCAUGACGAUCUUGUUAGAAAACUCAAAAAAACAACAAAAUCAAAUCAACAAUCAAUCGAAUUACAACGUGAAAAAGAUCGUCAACGUUUACGUGAUGAAGAAGAUAAACGAAAACGAUCGUUAGCGUUGAAUUUGAAUAGUACAACAACGCCAAAUGUACUCGGAGCAGCCAUUCGUCCAAAUGAAAAAGUGGCAAAAUUUGAACCGUUGACUGUUGAUAAUCUGAAUAAUUCAAUAAAUCAAACAGAUGAUAUAAAACGAUCAACAAAAACUAAAACACCUAUUGGUACAUUUUCACCUCAUUUCUAUUUGAAUGCCGGUUCGAAAGCAUCAAAACAUACAACAACACAAGCAACCGUUCAAACACCUAAAACAAGUCCACAACCACCUAAGACUGAUAAUAAUGAGAUACAGACACAGAAAAAAUUUAUUAUCAAAAAACGAUCAUUACAAAUAUAUCAGACUCCAUCUGUGAUAACAGAUAAAUAUGAUCUUGGCAAGAAAAUGGGUGAUGGUAAUUUUGCAAUUGUUAAACGAUCAAAAUUGAAGGGAACGGACAAAGAAUACGCCAUUAAAAUAAUUGAUAAAUCAAAAAUGAAGGGUAAAGAACAUAUGGUUGAUAAUGAAAUAAAUAUAAUGUAUCAAUGUAACCAUUUGAAUAUAAUUCGACUCUUUGAAGAUUACGAAACACCGGAUGAAAUCUAUUUAGUGAUGGAGUUGAUUAAAGGUGGAGAUUUAUUUGAUUAUAUUACAAAACAUCGACGAUUUGACGAAUCAACAUCAUCAUUAAUGGUCAAAGAUGUCGGUGAAGCACUACUUUAUCUACAUUCAAAACAUAUUGUACACAGAGAUCUCAAACCCGAAAAUCUAUUAGUUAUGCAACGAAGAGAUGGACGAAUAGCAAUUAAAUUAACAGAUUUUGGAUUAGCUAUGGAAGUAAAUGGAUUAAUUAAAACUGUCUGUGGAACGCCAACAUACGUAGCACCCGAAAUCUUAGCUGAAACAGGCUAUGGAUUUGAGGUCGACUGUUGGGCCACGGGUAUCAUAACGUAUAUUUUACUAUGUGGCUAUCCACCGUUUAAAAAUAUGGAUCGAAAUCAGGAAGAACUAUUUCAAAUGAUUCAACGUGGAAAAUUUACAUAUGAUCCUGAUUAUUGGAUUUCAAUAUCAGCAAGUGCUAAAAAUUUAAUUGAUCAUUUACUUGUUGUUGACCGUCAUAAACGGAUGAAAGCCGAAGAAAUUUUACUCCAUCCAUGGAUCAUUAGUCAAGGACAAUCGAAAACAUUAUCACCAAGAGGUUUAGAAGAAUUACGUACCACAUUAAAAACAAAAUAUGAGCAAAAAUCUAAAGAAUAUGCAAAUGAAAAUACAACUUGA